AUGCACUGAAAUUUCUGUUGAGAUCCCACCACGACUAUGAUCGAUUGCAUUAUUGCAUCUGCAUAUUUCGCCGCGCGUCCACCGGAUUGUUGCCGCCAGCCGAGCCUAUAUCAUGCACGGUUCUGAGAUAUUUAUGGAGAGAGAUCUUGGAGCUUCCUCCUCACCCGGUCACCCCCACACGAGAAGCAGUGCAGCUAGCCUACCACUACCAGGACACCAUCUCAACUCAACGGUAGCUCGCCAUGGCGACGUCUCCUUCCCCUAAGAAGGUGCUGCUGCCGAUCGUUGCCGGCACGGAGCCUAUCGAGGCGUCCAUCCCCAUCGACAUCCUCCGCCGCGCCGGCGCCAACGUCACCGUCGCUUCCGCAGGUGACGCCCUUCUCGUCGAGAUCAUGUACGGCGUCAAAAUAUUGGCCGACGAGCUCCUGGUUGACUGCGCCGCCGCUUCCUACGACCUCAUCGUCCUCCCCGGUGGCGUUCCUGGCGCUGCAAAUCUUGGUGGUCGUGCGACGUUGGAGGGCAUAGUGAGGAAGCACGUGGAGAAGGGAGGACUCUUCGCCGCCAUAUGCGCUGCACCGCCGCUGGCGUUGGCGUCCUGGGGUCUACUCGACGGACACAAGGCUACGGGUCAUCCAUGGUUUGUGGAGAAGUUCCCUCCCAAGGUGACCGCCGUGGACGCGAACGUGGUGGUGGACGGCAACGCCGUCACGGGCACUGGGCCGGCGACGUCGAUGGAAUUUGCGAUGGCUUUGGUGGAACAGCUCUAUGGGAAGGAGAAGGUCGAGCAGAUCGCUAAACCAAUGCUAGUGAGAUACGAAGGUGGCUAUAGCAUGAAAGAACUCAACUCGGUCGAGUGGCACUGCAGCGGCACACCCAAGGUUCUUCUUCCAGUAGCCAACGGCAUUGAGGAGAUGGAAGCGAUAAUACUCGUGGACGCGCUGCGCAGAGCCAACGCGGACGUCGUCGUCGCGUCCGCCGAGGACGGCGUCGUGGUCACCGCGCGAUACGGGACGAGGAUCGUGGCCGACGUGAUGCUGGACGAGGCCGCCGAUCGGGCGCCGUUCGAUCUGAUUAUCGUGCCGGGCGGCAUGCCGGGCGCGAAGACGCUGGGCGGCUGUGAGCAGCUCGUCGCUCUGCUGAAGAAGCAGGCGGAAGCGAACAGGCCGUACGGCGCGAUCGGCGCCGCCACCGCCCACGUGCUCGAGCCCCAUGGCCUGCUCAAGGGCAAGAAGGCGACGACGUGCGCAUCCAUGGCCGGGCUGCUCGCGGACGGUGGCGAGUGCGAGAACAGGGUGGUGGUUGACGGGAACGUGAUCACGAGUAGGAGCCCCGGCACCGCCAUGGAGUACGCGGCGGCCGUCGUCGAGAAAAUGAUGGGCCGCGACGAGGCGCGGCGACUGGCGGAAGGCCUGCUCUUCUUGAGCUGACCCCCGUGACCGUGUGGUGGAGCUUCACAGGCUGUUGUUGCGCUGGCUCGCCUGAUCAUCCGACAAUAACAGCCGACAACGGUGGUGGUCAUCGUCAUCUAAGUCCCGUUCAUUCGUACUGUUCACUGUCACUUUACAUUUAACAUGUCAUCAGUACGGUAGUCUCCACUGAGAGCGACUCCGGACAUGGAGGAGAACUACGCCACACCCACCGUUCAUCAAAUUACUUGUAAAUGUUCAGAUCACGUUGGAUCAUCCAACAUCGUGCACCGAACAUUCGUCGAUUGGUCCGGACGUCUGAAGGCCCACAAACCGGAAGCUAACUCGGGAGGUUUCUGACAGUCCGUACCACCCUCACCCACCCCACCCCCUCCACCUCUGUCAUUCCGCUUAAACUGUCAUCCAACUUUAUUGUAUUUGUAGACGAACUGGUUUGCAAUAUAAAUAGACGUUGUAUUGA